AUGAAUGGGGGGUUGCAUGCUCCGCUUCUGGCUCGGGGUACGGAUAAGGAGAAGGAGAAGGAGGAAGAGGAGGAGGAUGAGGAGGAGGAGAAGAAGCAUGAGGUGAUAUCGUGGAAGAAGGAGGAGGAGGACCAGGGCUUUAAGGAGUGGAUGAGCAAUGUAUCAUCCAAGGACGUGACUGUCUUCGUCUCCUUCCUCCUCUGCACCUUCUUCCAGGUGUAUGUGGGCGCCAAGUGCGUCAACUUCGCCUUCCCCAGCGAGUUCCUGCAGGGCUGGCUGAUGGGGUCGGCCAUCAUCUGGAUCAACGCUGAGUCCACCCUCCUCGGCAACCUCUCUGAGUGCAGCGGCGUGCUUGGGCGGGCGCUGGCACUAAAGGACAAGGCGGAGCAUGCGCAUGUGCAUGGGCAUGGGCAUGGGGCGAGGAGGAGGUCUUCUGAGGGGGAGAAUGGAGGCGGAUUGGAGGUCACGACCUCUGCUGCUGGCUCACACGGCGUUACCAGUGGGACAAAGAAGACAACUCGUGGGCCCAGCAGCAAGCAGCAGGGGCAGGAGGAGGCGCUAGACGAGUCAGCUCUUAGAGGGGACAAGGGAAUCCGCCUGGAGAAGGUGCUCACCCCCCGGCAAUAUCUUCUGCGCUCCAUCGGCCUCGCCUACAAGGAGCUUCCGCUCAUAGUCACGGGGUUCACCUGCCUUGCUGUCACCUCUGGAGCCGGGCUGCUCAUCCCCACAUAUCAGGGCCGUAUAGUGGACGACGUGAAGGACGGGCACGUGGACAAAGCCCAGUUCCAUCGGGACGUCCUAGCGAUGGCGCUCUGCUCGCUCAUCACUGGCAUCUUCGGCGGGCUGCGCGGCCUCUGCUUCUCCGUGGUCGGCAAGCGCGUGCUCAAAACCCUCCAGGAUAAACUCUUCGAGGGCGUGAUCAUCCAAGACAUCGCGUAUUUCGACUCGACCACCACCGGAGAGCUCACUUCUAGGUUGACCAAUGACGUGGCUGCGAUGAGUGAGCCGAUUAAUUGGCAGCUGUCGGCGCUGGUGCGGAAUCUGGCGUCGCUGGUGGGCGGCGUGCUGCUGUGCUUUGUGACUUCGUGGAAGCUCAGCAUCCUCGCGUUUACCACCAUGGCGCCCAUUCUGCACAUCACGGCUGUUUACUCGCGCUGGUCGAGAGAUUUGAACAGGAAGCGAUACGCCGUGCUAGCAGAGGCGAACAGUGCAGCAUCGGAGGCCUUGAGCAAUAUCCGCACAGUGCGGGCAUUCUCAACAGAGGGGGUGGAGAGGGAGCGGUACGAGAGCAAGACCAUGGCGGCCAUGGCAAAGGGCGUGAGGGACGCCCUUGCCUACUCCGGCGCCGUCGCCAUCAACAACUGGCUCGACCUGGGGGCGUCCGUGCUCAUCCUCUGGUACGGAGGGGUGUUGGUGAUGGAGGGGCACAUGCGCCUGGGCCAGCUCAUCGCCUUUCAGCUCUAUUGGAACCUCAUCCAGUCGGGGUAUCAGAGCAUCAUGUCUGUACUCAUGUCCCUCACCAAGGCCUCUGGCGCCGCUCAGCGAGUGCUCUCCCUCAUCGACUCGCUGCCAGAUAUUGACCCUGAUGCGGGCACCAAGGUGUCAACACUGCAGGGAUCCAUCCGCAUGGAGGAUGUUCACUUCCACUACCAGAUGCGCCCAGACCACCCCGUGCUCAAAGGAGUAUCCCUCCACGUGGAUCCAGGCCAAGUGCUCGCCCUGGUGGGUCGCAGCGGGGGAGGCAAGUCAACCGUGGUGCAUCUGCUCAUGCGCUUCUACGAUCCUGUCCAAGGCCGCAUCGUGAUGGACGGCCGAGAUCUGCGCGAGCUGAAUCUACGGUCGGUGCACGCGCACAUGGGGCUGGUGGCGCAGGACACGCAGAUGUGGGCAUGCAGCAUCGAGGAGAAUAUCGCGUAUGGCUUGCCUUCCUACACUCGAGCCGAAGUGGAGGAGGCUGCCAAGCACGCCAACGCACACGAUUUCAUCACCAAGUUCCCCGAGGGUUACGCUACACGCGUGGGAGAGAGGGGAGUGCGACUCUCAGGCGGUCAGAGGCAGCGCAUAGCCAUUGCCCGGAUGCUGCUGCGCCGCCCGCGCGUGCUCCUAUUGGACGAAGCCACGUCAGCGUUGGACGCGGAGAGUGAGGCGCUGGUGCAGGGCGCGCUGGACCGGCUGAUCGCGGAGGGCGGGCGCACCAUCGUGCUCGUGGCUCACCGGCUGUCCACCGUGCGCAAUGCUGACAGCAUCUGCGUGCUGGAAGGGGGGCGGGUCGCUGAGCAUGGCACGCAUGAGCAGCUGCUGGAAAUUCGUGAGUGUCGAUGGGUGGUAGAGGGAAGGGACGAGUUGUUGUUUCUUGUCGAGUGUGUGUACAGCAAGUGA